AUGCAGUCCGAAGAAUCCAGCAUGUUUCCCUGGGACAUUGGUGUCUUCGAUGCUCACUGCCAUCCAACCGACACGAUGUCGUCCAUUGACGAUAUCAAGGAGAUGAAAGCCGCCGUCCUGACGGUGAUGGCAACCCGCCAGCAGGACCAAGAUCUGGUCUCGCAGGUAGCAUUACAGUAUAGAGAUGCCAGAAACAGCAGUGAGGAGCACAAGGGGCCUUGUAACGACCGCAUCAUCCCUUGCUUCGGGUGGCAUCCGUGGUUCGCUCACCAGGUAUUCGAUGAUACGAAGCAUGGCCAGCCCAGGGACAGCGAAUACAGAGCUUCGAUAAAGACCGAACAUUACAGGAAUGUGUUAUCCCCGCCGAUCGAUGAUGACGAACUGCUGAACGAACUGCCCGUUCCGUUCUCCCUGUUGGAGCUGAUAUCAAAUGCCAGAGAGAGACUGCAGAGACACCCCCGCGCCCUGGUCGGUGAAGUCGGCCUGGACAAGACAUUUCGAUUACCAAAGGCAUGGAGCUCAGCAGGCGGCGAUGGAAACGGCGACACGUCUUCUACUACGCCGGGGACAAGAGGCGGAAGAGCACUCUCUCCAUACCGUGUGAAGAUGGACCACCAGCGAGCCAUCCUCAAGGCUCAGCUACGGCUAGCGGGCGAGCUACAACGACCAGCGUCACUCCAUAGCGUUCAAGCACACGGAGCUACCAUCGAGGUACUCCAGGAACUCUGGGCCGGACACGAAAAGAAAGCCAUCUCCAAUCGGCAGCGGAAGAGGAACUCUAGUGUCCCCAGAGCUCAUGAAGGUGAAGAUCUACCCGCAUCAAACGAAGGGAGUGAACACGGUGAAACAGAGAACAGACUGCCUAAACCGUUCCCGCCACGGGUAUGCAUGCACUCUUACUCGGGGCCGGUAGAACCGUUGGCCCAGUUCUUCCAUCCCAAGGUGCCUCUUGAUGUAUACUUUUCCUUUUCGGCAGUGAUCAAUUUCCCCGAUGGACCUAGUGAAAAGUCUUCCAGUGUCAUCGGUGCUUUGCCGGAGGACAGGAUACUGGUCGAAAGCGAUCUACAUUGCGCCGGCCAGCGGAUGGAUGAUCUCCUGCAGCAGGUCGUCAGACAGGUCUGUGAUAUUCGAGGCUGGACACUGGAGAAGGGAACUCGGAUACUGGCUGAAAACUGGAAAAGAUUUGUAUUCGGCUGA